AUGAGGUUUGAAGCACUUAGCCUAGAUUCCUGGCUCUGGUCAGGGGGCAGCAACGCACUCCAGUGGGACCACAGGAGACAGGACGAUGGGACCUCCUACCAGAGACAGUUUCAGGCCCUGCCAGGCCCACCUGCCUCGAUGUGUAAGAGGGCCUCCUCCAGUGUGGAGCUGGGAGACUCCAAGAUUGGCUAUGGGCCCGUGUGCUCCGAGCAGAAACAAGCCUACGGGCCCCAGGGUCUGCCCCCAGACAGGUAUGACAAGGCCCAGGCCUCGGCCCACAUCCACUAUGUGAAUAUUCGUCCUGGAGAUGGGCUCUUCCGUGACAGGACCACCAAGGCUGAACACUUCUACCCCCGAGAGCCAGAACGUUUUGUUCUUCACCACGACCAGACUCCGGCAUCGCACAUCCUGGAAGGAAAUCGGGGCCCCGGCCCGGGCAGCCUCACCACCUCCGUGCACUUCUUCCACGGCCAGGUCAGCAGGAAGGGGGAGAAGGCUCAUCAGGGACAAGGGUUCCCUAGACAGUACGGAUAGCAAGUGCAGAGGCCUUGAGGUGAGAGGCCCUGCCCCUCCUCCCUCAGCCCCUCAGCUCAACUACCGCCACCCAAAUCUACAGAAACAGAUUUUUUAACCAUGAAUCAGAAGAUGCUGAAGCCGCAUAGAACAGCUCCCGCCUCCGUGACUGACGAGAUGCUACAGCGGUGCAAGUAUAACCACAUUGAGCCCCCGCUGGGUGGACAGCGCUUCUUCUCAACCCAAUACGAGGAUGAGUUUGCCUUCAAGUUCCAGGGCCCAGCGGUGCUGAGAUCGGCCAACCUCCAGGACAGCCAUGUGCCUCUGGGCUCCCCCCGCCAGUGGGUCUGUGGGGCUGGGAAGGUAGACUCUCAGACCCCCCAGCCCCCUACUUAUCCAUGCCCUAGCCAGCAAUAA